CUCACUUGGCUGAUGUUUUUGGUGACAUGCCUGCUGUAUUCAGUGUCCAGGACUGAACUCCCGGGUUCCCGGGGGGCCAUGGCUUUCCCUUGUGAAUCUGAGCCCUAGCCAAAGACUCCCACAAGGGCUUUCCCUUGUUAAACACAGAAGAAUUUCGGAGCAAUCGAAACUGAAACUGACGCUUCUCUGCCUUUGCUUUUUGGGCUCAGGCCCAGCAUCCAGAGCCACUCUUGCCUCUCUGGUGGCUGCAGCAUCAUCUAUUUCUCCUCCACGGUCCUGGGAGCCAUCCUCACGCUCCUGGCCAGGACCAUAUCACGGUACCCGGGUCCUCAGACAGUCAAGGCACUUAGCAGUCUCUCAGAACCCAAGAGAUGAAGGGCCUCCUCACACUGGCUUGGUUCCUGGCUUGCAGUGUGCCUGCAGUGCCCGGGGGCUUGCUAGAACUGAAGUCCAUGAUUGCGAAGGUGACUGGGAAGGAUCCAAUAAUGAACUAUGGCUUCUAUGGCUGCUACUGUGGCUGGGGCGGCAAAGGGACCCCCAAGGAUGGUACUGACUGGUGCUGUCAGAUGCAUGACCGCUGUUAUGGAGAACUGGAGGAGAACGGCUGUAGCAUCUGGACCCAAUCCUAUGACUACAGAUUCAUACAGGGGUUGGUCGUCUGCGAAUACACGUCCUACUGUCCGGGGAAGCUUUGUGACUGUGACCGGAAGCUGGUCUACUGCCUGCGGAGAAAUCUCUGGAGCUACAAUCCUCUUUACCAGUAUUACCCCAACUUCCUCUGCUAAUGCCCUGGGUGGGCUCUGCUCCAGGGGUGCCCCUCACAGUCGAGGUCCCCCUCUGCUGUAUCCCUGAUGCACACCCCCAAGGUCUUGGAUCUGUCUUCCUCUGUGCACCACUGGGCUGGACAGAACCCCAGGACUACACUUGGUUUUCCAGAGUCCCAGAGAGGGAAUUCUGAUCCAGGCUUGGCAAACUCCCAGGAUGGCUGAGCCUGCACUUGUGAGGUUGGAUCUGGGCCCGGAAGCUCCCCCCAGCUCCAGGCCAGCGCCAUAUUGACUUUUCUUUCAAUUUCUGGAACUGAACUGUCAUUACCACCCUCCAGAGACCUUUUACUCGAGUAGAAGCCAAAUUAACUCUAUAAAUCUGUUAUGUAGAUAUUAAAUAAAACCCAUUCUCAAGGCUAGUAAA